UGCGCACGCCACUGCGAACCGUCGACGUGCGUUCGUCGCAGCGAUCUCAACGGGGACAACUCGGUCCCCUACUCCAUUCGUUCCGACCACGCAUCGCACUCUUGCUGCAUCCCAUCAUUCCACCGCAAAUCGCUCGACGCAACCGUAUCGCGUACCAGCGUGUGUGACUCGUCCGACCGUUCCGUCGCACCUUCGUCCCGCGGUUCCGCACGCAUGGCCGAUCGCGUGAACUGGACGGCCGAGUGCGCCGCGUUCGCCGUCAUGCUCGGCCUGUCCGUGGCCGUGGGCUUGCACUUCGGGUGCGCGAGAGGCGGACAGAACGCCGCCGGCGCUUACCUGCUGGGCGGUAAGCAAAUGUCCGUGUUCCCCAUCGCCGUGUCGCUGAUCGCCAGUCAUAUCUCUGGUAUUUCGCUGCUCGGAGUACCCACCGAGGUCUACAGCCACGGUACGCAAUAUCUGAUUGCCGUUUUGAUGAACGCAGUAGCUGUUGUUGUGGUCUUACACAUAUACUUGCCAGUGUUCUACAAACUUCAAUUGACAUCGAUCUACGAGUACUUGGAACUGCGCUUCGAUUCCAGCAUUCGAGCACUGUGUUCGCUUAUCUACGGCGUUUCUAUUGUACUGUUUAUACCGCAAGUGAUUUACAUAUCGGCGUUGGUGUUCAAUCAAAUAUCGGGAUUCAACGUACAUUUAAUAACUCCCAUUAUAUGUUCCAUUUGUAUAUUUUACACAACCGUCGGUGGACUGAAAGCAGUGGUGUGGACGGAUGCGAUUCAGAGCGUGUUUACCAUCAUGUCAAUCGUAGCAGUGAUCGUCUUGGGCUUCAUACAAGUCGGAGGGUUCAGUAAUGCGAUAAAAGCUAACAUAGAAGGAGAUCGAAUUGAACUUUUCAGGAUGAACCCGGAUCCGUUUUUGAGACAUACAUUUUGGACAGUGAAUACAGGCACGGCGUUUACUUUGAUCAUUUAUCUCGGUAUUCACCCCGGUGCCAUUCAACGGUUCGUAGCGUUGCCAACGUACAGCAAGGCUCGAAAAGCAUUGAUUUAUUUUGGCAUCGGAUUGAUUAUCGUUAAAGUUCUGACAGGAACGGUCGGAAUGCUGAUUUUCGCCACGUACAAAGACUGCGAUCCCGUUUCGGCCAAAUAUGUGACUAGCGAUAAACAUUUGUUACCGUAUUUCGUUAUGGAUGUAGCAGCGAAAUAUACCGGACUUACCGGUUUGUUCAUUUCUGGCUUGGUUAGCGCUGCAUUAAGCACGAUGUCUGCACAGCUGAACACCGUGUGCGCUACGAUUUACGAGGACUUUCUCGUGAAAAUGUUGGGCGUCCGAGUGGUCGUCGAGUCGAGAGCGAACGUCAUCAUGAAAUGCAUCGUCGUGGUCGUCGGCGUCGUUUGCGUGCUCUUGGUAAACGUGGUCGAGCAAUUGAAAGGGAUCGUUCAAAUGACGACCAGCGUGAGCGGCAUAACCAACGGAGCCAUACUAAGCGUGUUCACAUUGGGCGUAUGCUUUCCGCGGGCGAACCCGAGGGGAGCGAUGUGCGGCAUGGUGGCCAGCCUAGGAGUGAUGGCGUGGAUCGUCACUGGAGCUCAACUCGCCGUGUACGAUAACCAGUUGAAAUUCGUCACGAAGAGCGUUUCGGUGGCUGGAUGUCCGGCCAACACGACUUUUAGGAAUCCGGCGAAUUACUCCGGAUUAUAUCAAAUGAACGAUGAUGUGUAUGUGAGUCCAAAUGUAUGGAAAAUGUUCACAGUAUCAUACAUGCAUUACAACACAAUAGGCACUGGAAUAGGAAUAGUUGUUGGACUUAUUGUCAGUUGGUUGUUUCCGAUAGAUCAAAAUAUAGAUCCCAAACUUUUGGCACCCUGCAUGCGAAAAAAAAUUACUAAACAAUCCACCAAGAUGGUGGAGAUUUACUUAACUAAAAGCGAUGACAACAGUCCAGUACCUCAAGAUCAAUAGAAUGCAUAUUAUAUAGUGUAAGACUAUUUAAUAUUGGCAAAACUGUUCAACUGUCUAUUUUGGUGUAUGAGAGUACCAGUGACAAUAUUAUUUUUCGAUUAGCUUAAAUACCAAGUUAAGUAGUAGUUUAGUAGUAAUAUUUUUCGAAUUUAAAUUAUGUUAUAUUAUUUGUAAUACUUAUUAGGAAUCUAUCACUUAUUAUAAAAAUACUUAAUUUACACAAUUCAAAGUGAAAGCACUUUAACUACUAAAUAAAAAAUACUGUAACACAAUGAAUAUAUUAU